GAGAAACAAAGUGGCAGCGUGCGUGUGAGCGGGAGGGACGUCGGCGCGGAGACGGAGCGCUUCGACUCGGUGUGGCCGUUAAAGUUGACCGUCCUGCGCGGACGCUUUGGUCUCUGUGCGCUACAGGAGCGUCUGGUUCUGGCUCCAGCCUGGUACUGACGGUACCGACGCACUCCGAGGACCACAGAUGGACUGGCUCACACCAGAGUUGUGAAGUGUGUUAUGUAAGCCAAGGUGCUUUCCCACCUCACUGGUGGUGGGGAGAGAUGCUGCCCUCCAUUGCCAUGACAGCAGAAGUUUUCUUUGUUCUUGGCUUCCUGAUGAACGGCGCUCCCUGUAAUCCUAUUGCGACCUUGCCGGUGAGCCGAGAACGUUUGGAAAGGGUGCUGACCCAAGCCAGGGAGGAUAGACUACAGGACGACCAAGCCUCUGAGGAGUCGCCAGGUUACAGCAGUCAACAGCAGCCUGAGGAAAUAAAUGCCUUGGGCCCCAACAGAACUGCAGUGCCCCCAGCCAGGCCCCUAACCAAGCCAAACCUCAGCUCCAAAACAGGUGGAUCUAAAGGAUUGACAUCCCAGGAGAUGUUUCGUGAAGAAGAUAGCCUGAAUCAAAUAGACGAAGGCCCCACGAGUGAUGUCCCCAAUUCUCUAGACGCCAUUGAUGAGUAUGCCUACCCAGAUUACAGGGGCAAAGGCUGCAUGGAUGAAAGCGGCUUUGUGUUUGCUAUCGGCGAGGAAUUCACCCCAGGACCUUCCACAUGUCCUUGCCUCUGCACAGAUGAGGGUCCUCUGUGUACCAAGCCGGAAUGUCCCAAGGUUCACCCUCGCUGCCUUCGGGUGGACACUAGUCAAUGCUGCCCUCAAUGUAAGGAGAAAAAGAACUACUGUGAGUUUCGGGGCAAGGUCUAUGCCUCGCUGGAAGAAUUUAAGGUGUCGCCAUGUGAGAAGUGCCGCUGCGAGCCGAGCGGGGAGGUUCUGUGCUCUGUGGCAGCGUGUCCACAGACUGAGUGUGUGGACCCACAGUAUGAACCCGAUCAGUGCUGUCCAAUCUGCAAGAGCGGGCCAAAUUGCUACGCAGACACAGCGGUGAUACCUGCCGGGCGAGAGGUGAAGAUUGAUGAGUGCACAAUCUGCUACUGCACAUACGAGGAGGGCACAUGGCAGAUUGAGCGUCAGGCCACUUGCAGUAAGAAUGAGUGCCAGCGCAUCUAGCGAGCAGCACGGUGAGGGGAUGCCGUCGGCACGCGACACCAGUCAGAGUGGAAACUGUCAGCCUUUCCCCGGACAUCAGGGUCGGACAGCAGCCCUCGAGCAUUUAUAGCAUCUACUCCAGAAAACAAAGCUUUUAUGAAGAUUUAUAAUCCAUACACAGAAUAUCUAUUUAUCUAUGUAUUGAAAUAUUUAUGAACAUACGGUUAUAGGAGUUGCUGAUGCUGAACUAGUGACAAAUAUUUUUUAUAGGCUCUGUAUUUUAAUAAGCACUCUACUGGACCGGAGGUCAAUCAAACAUGACAGAAUGUAUAGAACACAGGUACAAACCUCAAUGUCUCCACACAUGACUUCAUACUAAUGCUGACAUCACUUCCUUUUGCCACCAAAGUGCAGAUAGACGUGUGCCAUCCACUUUAAAGUAAUGGCUAAGUGCAGCCAGAGACCUGACAGUUCAAAAGGACUUGACUGUUUUUCGAUUUUCCUUAAUCGUUUUCGAUGUUGAAAUGUGUCUUUAUUUGGAAGUGCUUUUUGUAUUUCUCUUGGUACCGAGUGUCCAUGUUUGAAAUAAAUGCUGAUCUGUGCUCUGUAAAUGUAAAGUGCUCCUUGUCGUUCGGUGAUUGAGGGCUUUCACUUUCACCGAAUUCCUGCUGAAUAAUGUGUUUACAACUUUUGCAGAGCAGAAUGAUCAACUCAUCGUCUUCCAUUGAAAUAAAUGAUUCAGUUUAGACAUCCGAGGUAACCUUUGAAAAUGACAGCUU